GUAAAGGCAAGUGCAUAUGUGACAGUAAGAUAAACACUCUUCACGCUAUGGCUGGCGGAGGCGACAGCGAUUUAGAGGCAAAGAUAACUCCAAUAGUAAUAAUUUCAUGCAUAAUGGCUGCUACCGGAGGUCUUAUGUUUGGAUACGACGUUGGCGUUUCCGGUGGAGUGACAUCGAUGGCAGCAUUCCUGAGAGAAUUCUUUCCGGAGGUGUACAGAAAGACGGUGGAAGAGAAAGAGGUUGAAAGCAACUAUUGCAAAUACGACAACGAAAAGCUGCAGCUAUUCACGUCGUGUCUGUACCUUGCGGGUUUAACGGCGACAUUCUUUGCGUCGCAUAUCACACGAAGGCAGGGGAGAAGAGCCACCAUGUUGAUUUCAGGCUUCAUCUUCAUCGCUGGAGUUGCAUUCAAUGCUGCUGCUCAAAACCUUCCCAUGCUCAUCAUUGGCAGGAUCUUACUUGGCUCUGGAGUUGGUUUUGCUAAUCAGGCCGUGCCAGUUUUCCUUUCAGAGAUCGCACCUUCAAGAAUACGUGGAGCAUUGAAUAUACUGUUCCAGCUGAAUAUUACCCUUGGCAUCCUCUUUGCCAACCUAGUCAACUAUGCCACCAACAAAAUAAAAGGUGGGUGGGGAUGGAGGCUAUCUCUGGGUUUGGGUGGUUUGCCAGCACUGCUCCUUACGUUGGGAGCUUUCUUGGUGGUGGACACCCCUAACAGUCUCAUCGAGCGUGGUCACUUGGAAGAAGGAAAAGUUGUGUUGAGAAAGAUUCGUGGCAUUCACAACAUUGAACCUGAGUUCUUGGACCUUGUCAACGCAAGUCGUGUGGCUAAAGAGGUCAAACACCCUUUCAGAAAUAUCCUCAAGCGCAGCAACAGACCCCAGCUACUCAUUUCCAUUGCCCUGCAGGUUUUUCAGCAAUUCACGGGCAUCAACGCCAUAAUGUUUUAUGCCCCGGUUCUUUUCAACACAUUGGGAUUCAAGAACGACGCUUCUCUCUACUCUGCUGUGAUCACUGGUGCCGUUAAUGUUCUCUCCACAAUUGUCUCGAUCUAUUCAGUAGACAGACUCGGGCGGAGAAUGCUCUUACUGGAAGCCGGUGUUCAGAUGUUUUUGUCUCAAUUAGUGAUUGCAGUUGUAAUAGGAAUUAAGGUGAAGGACCAUUCAGAGGACCUCUCAAAGGGUUAUGCAGUGCUGGUGGUUGUGAUGGUGUGCAUUUUCGUCUCUGCAUUUGCAUGGUCAUGGGGUCCUCUUUGUUGGCUGAUUCCAAGUGAGAUAUUUCCUCUCGAGACUCGCUCAGCAGGGCAGAGUGUGGCGGUGUGUGUCAACUUGUUAUGCACAUUCAUCAUUGCACAGGCCUUUCUCUCAAUGUUGUGUUUCUUCAAGUUUGGCAUCUUCUUCUUCUUCUCUGGAUGUGUCUUCCUCAUGUCCACCUUCGUGCUUUUCCUCCUCCCCGAGACAAAGAAUGUUCCCAUUGAAGAGAUGACGGAGAGAGUGUGGAAGCAGCAUUGGUUGUGGAAGAGGUUUGUUGAAGAUGAUUGUGUUAAACAAGACAAAGUAGCCACUGACGAUGCUUUGUAAAUUAGUCUAUGGAGUGCCUGCUUAGAUUUGGCUUGUUAAAGCUAACCAAGUUAUAAUUCCUACUGUGUUAAUGGUCUGUGUCUGUAAAAUUGUAAUGCCACGUUUAUUGUUCUGUUAUGCGACUCAUUUAACGUCUGUAAUGUAUACUACGUUUUUAUCCUCA